AUGGAUCAUCGUUACUUGAGUUGGCAGGACGUCGCCAAGCGAAGAACGCUGUUGGACUUCUCUUCUUCUUUAACUUCUUCCUCUUUUGAAGGAGAUGAAGAGGUUGAACCAUCAUCCGUUCUCGAAUACGGACGAUUUCAACUCGGUUUAUUCCUCUCCGGCGUAUUCAUCGUCGCCUUAUACGUAUACGCGGAGUUUUUACACCACGUGAGAAUGAAACGAAUGCACAACGGUGGGUAUAAUAAAGGAUUAGCGGAAGACUCGAUCGAGAUGCGAAUGGCUGGAACGAAGAAGUUUGAUGUUUUAUUGGAAGGAGGUGGAGGAGGAGGAGGAGGAGGAGGAAAUACUCCAGACGGAUCGAUGAUUUCUAACUCCAUGCAAGAUAUGAGCGACGAGGAUAAGAAACGCUCGUUUGCGAAUUUCACGGACAGCUUUGGACGACAAAAUUCACAGAGCGGGAACAUGAGCGAUGCCGUCGGUGCUUCUCCAUCUACCGGGGACAACGGCAACGUAAAGUUCACGAACAUUGGAGCCAUGCGGAUACUCCAAGGCGACGCGGAUGCCAUCGAGAGGGCGAGAUUGAUUUUGCGCUCUUGGGCGGAACUAUUCUUUAUCCUGUUCGUGUUUUACGUGUGCGAUCGAACGAAUACGUUUCCCGAGAGGACAAAGUCGUAUUCUAGAGACUUUUUCAUCGCCAUCUUUGUUACGUUGGCGGCGUACGGCUGUUAUCAGACGUUGCGACAAAGCAAGACGAGUGCACCGCUAAACAGAGAGCAAACCGAGGAGUGGAAGGGAUGGAUGCAAGUCUUAUUUUUGCUCUAUCACUACUUCAAAGCUUCAGAGAUUUAUAACGCGAUUCGUAUCUUUAUCGCUGCGUACGUCUGGAUGACUGGAUUUGGGAAUUUCUCCUACUAUCACGUUCGCAAAGAUUUUUCGGUGGGGAGAUUUUCGCAAAUGAUGUGGCGUUUGAACUUCUUCGUCUUGUUCGUGUGUAUCGCAUUGAGGAACGAUUACGUUUUAUACUAUAUUUGUCCCAUGCACACGCUGUUCACGCUCUUCGUGUACUUUUCGCUGUUGGUUUUCAAGGAACACAACACAUCGACGAACAUGAUAGUGGCUAAAAUGGUAAUUUUGAUCGUACUGGUGUACGUCAUUUGGGAAGUGCCGGGCGUAUUCACCGUCUUGUUCAAACCGUUCGAGUGGUUGCUAUCUUAUACCGACCCGAAAAGACCAGACGUCAAUCCAAUGCACGAAUGGUUCUUUCGCUCUGGUCUAGACAGGUACGUUUGGAUUUAUGGCAUGGUGUGCGCAUUCGUACACCCAAAGUACGAAGCGUUUGUGAGAUGGGUAGACGAGAAACCGACAAAGGAGAAAACAGUCAUCCAAGGGUUAAUUUUAACCGUCAACACAAUAGCGGCAUACUGGUGGUACACAACGUAUUAUGUUUUACCAAAGUUGGAAUACAACGUCGUGCAUCCGUACACGUCGUGGAUACCGAUUACGAUAUUCAUCAUUUUUAGAAACUUCAGCCUGACGAUGCGAAGUUAUUUUAUUCACAUUUUUUGUGAAUGUGGGAAAAUCACCUUAGAAACGUACAUUUCUCAGUUUCACAUUUGGUUAUCGUCGUCGGUACCGAAUGGGCAACCCGGGAUGUUGUUAGGAUUGUUUCCAGAAGAGUAUCCGGUGUUAAACUUCAUGCUUUGCACGGCGAUUUACGUGGGCAUUUCGCAGAGAAUUUUUAUGCUCACAAACGAUUUAAAAGUAGCGUGCGUUCCAAAUGCAAACAAUAGAUUGUUGAGUUUACACGCGUAUUUCGGAGUAGCGUGGUUCAUAGGAAUGGGAAUUGCAGGAAGUGCAUUAUUAAUGGCUAUUUAG